AUGAGAGGUUGUUGUGCCACAGAAUUACAGGAGGUAUUGCCGCUGUUGUCGGUGCUGACUGGGGUAACCUUUGACGUUACGGGACCGGGCGAGGAGCAUUGUGGAUCACUUGCGACUAAGCGCGUCGUGUGGGAUCGUCGGGACAAGGUUCCUGGCGACGUUCCACCGCCAAUGCCCGACUGUGUGAGAAUUGGUUUUGCUGAUCAAGACCGUAUCACCCCACGGCUGUUUCUAACCAUCGCUCUGCAGACGGUGGAUGAGCUGAUGAAGAGCGAAGACACGUUGUUCAACCCUGAUCAGAUCCACUUACUGAGUCAUGCAAUUCGUCCUACGGUGAGAGUGGACUUUGAACGGGGCACCAUGUACGGGGACGCUAAGAAGGCUCGUGACGAAGCGGAACGAGUUCGCGUGGCCCAAAAGGUCUUGAUGCAGUUGGCCGAGGCUGGCAAGCUGACUGAGG